UGACGUUGGCAUGAUAGGUUGUAAAGGAGCACCUACACCUAUGACUUCAACUACCACUUUGACAGCUUCGGUGAAUGAUCCUCCAACUGAUGGUAAUAUUUAUCCACGGGUAAUUGGAAAGUUGCACUACUUAUCCUUUACACGUCCUGAUAUUGCCUUCAUAGUUAGCAAGCUUUCUCAAUUUAUGCACAAUCCACGUCAUUGUCACUGGAAAUCAGUCAAGCGAUUACUUCAUUAUCUUCAUCACACCUGCCAAUAUGGUAUACGGAUAGCAAAAGCUCCAGAUUCUCGUCUGGUUGUUUAUUCUGAUUCGUAUUGGGCUGGUGAUCCAGAAGAUCGCACCUCUACAUCUGGAUAUGUUAUUUUCAUGGGCAAUACACCAAUUUCCUGGUCCUCAAAGAAACAACGCUCAAUCUCUCGAUCCGCUACAGAAGCUGAGUACAGAGGUGUGGCUGCUGCUUUUGCAGAAACCAACUGGCUCACAAAUCUUCUUCGUGAACUUCGUCCACUUAAGGGGGUUUCGCAGGUCAGAACAAAGAUAUUGAAGUACAUCAUGUUCACUCAGCUGAUCAAGUGGCUGACAUACUCACAAAACCAAUUCCCAAAGCCACUUUUGUACAACAAUUUUCCAAGUUGGGUGUUGUUGACACCACCAACUUACGGGGGCGUAAUAAAGGAUAAAAUAAAUUGCUAUUUUUUAAAUUUCAAAUUUAGUAGUUCCUUCUCUUUAGGACUCUUGUAUAUAGAUAAGUAUUAUCCUUUUCUUAGUUUAUCUCUUUGUUGUAUUGUAUUUAUAUAUACUCAGUCUACAAUCAAUGAUAAGUAUCGUUCCUUUCAUUCCAUUAACAGUCUUAUACUUCAUAAGUUGAACCUACAACCAAGAGGCCAAUAAAACUUUUACAACCCCAUCUACUCCACUAGACCAACUGACACACUUUGUUUAUGGGUUCCAACUUAUAAUUCUUAUAUAUUUACUAGAUUUCUCUAUAUAAAUAUUAAAUCCGCAUGAAAGUUACUAGGUUCCCGAGAACCCCCACCCAAAGUCAUCAUGACUGAGCAAUUUGAACCAGGUUGAGCUAUAUUGCUCUUGCAUAAACGUGGGUUAAAUGAGAGAUAAUAAGGUAAACAAAGCACUAACAAUGGAGUUAAAAUAUGAUGAAAAUGCAGUAUGCAGUACUCAGGAAACAACUAAAACUUUUUUCAAAAAAUAUUUCACUUAAAAAACUUCGAAGGCAAAGUGCUAUUCCAAUGAAUUAAGGUAACGUUAAUAUUAAUAAUACUAGCACUUACAAUAAUACGCA